UCCUCAACUCUCCUCUCCUCUCUCUCCACAGCAGCGCGUCUCUCACCACCGCGCCUUGGAUGCCGUGUGACCAGCAGCACUGAGAGCAGGAGAAAAACAUCCAGCACAGCAAAAAACAUAAAACCCAAACGAUGAGCUUCUUACAGAUACGACAGAAGCAAACCAUCAUUUGACUCCCGACCCCCCAACACCUUUGCCUUCGCUGCUCCUUUGCUGUAAAGCGCACCGCUUCAUCUUUACGGCCCUCCCCCCCAGCCUAUUGGCCCUCCAGUCCAGCGGGACCAUGAUGCUCAGCAGCUCUGUGGAGGUGCCCAGCCCGGGCGGUUUGAGCGGCCUUAGCGGGCUGAGCGUGGCGGCCCGUAACGUGGUGCGCUCCUCCAGCAUCUCAGGGGCCAUGUACAGCCUGGAUAAGAGUCCCAGCAGCGGGGGCCCGGACUCCACGUCAUUGGCUGGCAACAAGAAGCGGCGCUCCAGCCUGGGCGCCAAGAUGGUGGCCAUUGUGGGGUUGUCGCAGUGGAGCAAGAGUACACAGCAGCUCAACCAGCAAGACGGCGGGACGAAGAAGCUUCGCAGCACCAUCCGACGGAGCACAGAGACCGGCAUUGCCGUGGAGAUGAGGAAUCGGGUGACACGGCAGGGCAGCAAGGACUCAACUGACGGCAGCACCAACUCAAACAGCUCUGAUGGAACGUUUGUCUUCCCUACCACACGCCUGGGGCCCGAGAGCCAGUUCAGUGACUUUCUGGACGGACUAGGCCCCGCUCAGAUCGUAGGCCGGCAAACACUAGCUACACACCCCAUGGGGGAUGUCCAUGUAGGCAUGGUAGACAGAGGAGGGCAGCUGGAGGUGGAGGUCAACCAGGCCAGAGGGUUGACCCCCAAACCGGGCAACAAGAACAUACCAGCGACCUACGUGAAGGUGUAUGUGCUGGAGAAUGGUGUGUGCUUGGCUAAGAAGAAAACCAAAGUAGUGAAAAGGAAUCUGGACCCCACCUACCAGCAGGCUCUGUUGUUUGAUGAGAGUCCUCAGGGCAAAGUCCUACAGGUAAUAGUGUGGGGGGAUUACGGGCGUAUGGACCACAAGUGCUUCAUGGGAAUGGCCCAGAUCCUUCUCGAGGACUUGGACCUGUCUGCCACAGUCAGCGGCUGGUACAAGCUGUUCCCUACCUCCUCUCUGGCAGAUCCCAGCAUCGGACCCCUCACCAGACGCCUCUCCCAGUCCUCCCUGGAGAGCGCCACCAGCCCCUCGUGCACCUAGACACACCAGUACACACCCACAUGCACGGGCACAGGCCGGAGUCAUGCAGACACGGACACACGUACUGUAUAUACACAACGACUGUAAGUGCAAAGACAGGUAGGCAUACAUACACACACAACACACAAACACACCCAUCUGUGCAGGAAGACACAUCCUUCACCACGUCCACAUUCUCUCGCACACUGAUCAGUAUUUUAGUUUAGAAACAAAUCCAACUUGAAGUAGACUUAAUUUACCAGAAACAUGUAGCAUUUUUUUCCACCGUCCCAUUUCAACAUUUCCUACCAUGACACAGCAAAAUCUGCAUUCCAAGGUACCACCAGAUCGUGGCACGACUCAUCCCAGGGCCAUCCCGAUGCCAGUUUCUAAACUCUCUAUGCCAAACUAAGAAAAAAAAACUUUAUUUUUUAAAACCAAAGCAAUUGUUAUUGUUGUUAUUAUUACUAUAAAAGUCGUAGGUGAACUAGUAUACAAUAUAAAGUAUGGAUAUGUAGCAGAGUCAAUGACUUAGAUGUAAUGCAAAAAAACAAGAUACAUUGUACACACACGAGCUGAGAACGGCCAAACACGUAAACACACCUGGGCAACAGGCUUGGAUAUUCACAUAAUGGCUAUUAUGUGAGGUAGCAACACUGCUAUUCUAUAAUUUCCACAGGGCAGAGUUUAUAUAUAGAUAUACAUAUAUAUAAAUAUAAAUAGAUAGUUCAAUACUUAUUUGUGUUUACGUAUGUAUCGGCUGCAUUCUGCAUGUGUGCUUGCAACCCUUGUAGAGACAUUUUAAAGUGCUUCAAUCUUUUUAUUUAGCUUGCCUCGACCAAUGUAACGGGAGUAUAGGGCCACUUUAUUUUGCAAUGAGGAAAGAGCACUGCACUGAGUUAGGGAGAAGGAUGGUGGAGCGCUAUCAUCGCAAUCUGCAGAAGAAGAGAACAAAUUAGUCAGCCAGCUGCCCCAUUCGCUGAUGAACAACGUUUCUGAUCCUGCCUUCAUCUUUUAGAGCAAAAAGACUGUUGCACCACACAGGGCACUGAGCACAAAGGCUUUCUGGGAAAUGUGUCCAGCUCUAGUCUGGGGUUCUUGUGUUCCACAUCCAGGGGGUGCCACAGUCACACUCUCUUUCUCUGUAUACCAGCACCCAGACUUCUUUGAACUUCCUGUUGAUACCCCCUCUUUUUUUUCUUCCUAAUUGUUAAAGGAAGUAGGAAGCGUGCCUCUGUCUCUCACACGUGUGCACACAGCUGGUCCUACAACCUUUAAACCCUUUCUCUUUGGUCACCCUUCUCUGUCACACUGACUGUAACAAAAACAUGUUGUAAAUGUGUAUUAUCUAUAGAUAACUAGUGUUACUUUUCUAGCAGGUUGAUUGCUAACCUGCCAUAUACGGUAGUUUUACCCGUUUCAGGUGCAACUUGUCACUCUUCAUAUUUCCUUGUCAGGCAGCGUGUUUGUGUUUUAAGAUGGCACUUUACUGUAAUAUGUGUAUUAUGUUUGAAUCUCAAAGAUGCAGUAGUUGACCACCUGUUUAUUUAUUUUUAUUUGAUUUGGUCACACUGCGGUGUGCAUUUCGAAUCUUUGAAUUGAAUGCCAGCAUGGAAAUGUAACGAGUGUAUUUUGAAUUUCAGUGUAAAGGCCCACUAGGACAGCUGAAACAGGUCAAUUCUGCCACUGAUUUUCAACUUAAAGGUCCAGUGUGUAGGAUUUCAGGGGAUCUAUUAGCACAAAUGUAAUAUAAUAUUCAUAACUACGUUUUCAUUAGUGUAUAAUCACCUAAGAAUCGUUGUGUUUCCGUUAGCUUAGAAUGAGCCCUUCAUAUCUACAUAGGGAGCAGGUACUCUUCACAGAGUUCGCCAUGUUUCUAAAGUCGCCCAGAAUGGACAAACCAAACACUGGCUCUACCUUUAGCGUUUUUACGUUACCCGAAGGCCACCGUAUUUCUCCACAUGCUUGGAAAGGGAGGGGUAUUCAGUUCGUUGCAAUCUGCAACCUCACCACUAGAUGCUGCUAAAUCCUAAACACUGGUCCUUUAAAUCUGAGCAAUCAUAAUAGUAAUUUAUUUGCAAAAAACUUCAAUCUUUUACAACAUUAACUUAUUCAAAAACAUUUUUUUUGUGUGAGUAGGUACAUUUAAUUCUUAAAGAUCUAUGUCUUGAAGGAUAAAGACGUGUCCCAAUUUGUGUACUUGAUGUAUUUAAAUUUAUCCUUUUUUGAGGAAAAAAUAGCUUUUUCUUUUAAUGUUUACCUCACACAAUUACCAACGCAACUUUGUUCUUAGUAUUUGAAGCAUUGUAUUUGCAUUUUAAAUUGAAACAAAAAAGGUAGGACUGACCUGGCGGCUGUUCAAGUAAAAUGUGCAAUGGUUGAGUCUUCAUUGAUGGCAGAGGAGUAGCAGGGCAAACUGAGCUACUGGUGUUUCUGUUUUUUUUUUUUUUAGAUGAAACUUUCAUCAUUCUCUUCAGUGGUUCAGAGUGUUUUUGAAUCUGUUCGUCUUGGGACCAACACCAAACCUUGUGUGUGGAUAAAGACACCAGAGUCUUAUUUUAGUGUUAGGAGAGAUGACUGUCUCGUUAUAGGCUAUUAAAAGCUUGUGCGUG